CGCUGAUUGACAGCUCCCGUCCAGGGCUUUCCCGGGGAAACGUCGCGACAGCAAAGCAGCAAAGACAAGCAGGCCGUUACCCUUGGAUUGUUUUGUGGUUCACACAACUACUGUCACUGGAGUCAUGGCUUCCCGGAGCGCAGGAACUCUCAUUACUAACUACAAUGCCACGUACAUUCCUCCCGCCUUAAUGCCCGGGUACCGUGGCUUUGUUCCAACAUUACAUUUUACAUAUGGCGAUACUUAUGGAAACAGCACCAGGAAAUACUUUCAAGAUUUUCGUAUGGCAGCUCUGAAUUCAAGUCAGAGUCCUUAUAGCAAAGGAGGGCAAUUUCCAACGUUUUAUUCCAAUGAUCCAUCUCUUGUGAUAGAAAAUAGGAUCAACAACAGGAACAGAUGGCUGUUUGCUCCACGGUGGUCCAGACACGAUGUGGAUUUUGACAGGGAGGACGAAUUGAAAACUUUUGAUAAGAUGGCUCAGCAACACCAGGAGAACUACAAAGAUAAGACAGGCACAAUACCCCGAGUGGAUCAUUUUGUGCUGCCUGGGAGAGAGGAGUACACAUUCCCUUGUUUACCAAACAUGUAAAUUACACAUGCCAUCUCCUCCACACACCAGACAUGGGUUUACAUUAAAGCCUUCAUAACUCUGGAAGGAGAUGAGGAAUUCCAGGGUGAACAACACUUGCAGAUCUAACAAAUUAUUGCCUUCUGAAAUUCAGUUUGAUUUAAGUGACCAAAUGACAUUGCAGAAGUUGUUUUGUAAAUUACUUUACACUAAGGUUGCACUUUGCUUAUGUGUAUUGAAUUACUGAAGCCAAAACAUUUUAACUGCAGUUUUAUCAAUUUGAUUUUAGGCAUUAAUUAGAAACCAAAUCGUAACAAAAAGACAUUCAAUUGUUAAUAUCUAUAUUCCAAAGUUGGAGUUCUUCAAUGGGCAAUCAAUAUAUACAUUGAAUGGAAAGUGAUGUUUCACAAGAUGCACACUUUUCCUUACUAUCAAGGCGUCAUUCUCAGGAACUGCGCCAAAGCAGCAGAGACAAAAUAAUGCAAAUGCGUUUUAAAACUUUAUUGCCAAAUAAUAUAUGCAGUGAUUUAAAAUAAGUCUCUUGUUACUGGCUUGUGUUUUAAGGAUGUUUUGUUCCAUGGCGCUUCGUAUUAUUUGAUACAUUUGUCUUCAAUCUGGACAUAUUCCAGCUUUGUAAUAAGGAACAAAGAUUGUCUAAAGGUUUGCCAACCCUCCUGGCUUGUUGUGGCAUCUCCAGGAUUUGUGAUUAAUCCCAGGACUCAACUGAGAGCUGGCCAUGAUAAAAAUAAUAGGCGCAUUAAGUUAUAAAUGAUAGGAAAUAAUGAAUUACAAAAAAGUGCUGGCAAAGGAAAUAUUUCCUGGAUUAUUGAAGAAUUGGGUCAUUUUCCAGCUGCUAUGAGACUUGAUCGUUUGGGCAACAAAUGAUGGGACAAGAAAUUAGGUAUUCCGAGCAAGAGGGUUCAUUUGUUAUUAAAUCUUUGCUCACAUUCAACCAGUGCUCACCACCCCACUUGUUAGUGCAGAAGCCAACUUGCAAUGUGCAUCUAGCUUGCACAAGCUACUGUAAAUGAUUUUAAUAUAGCACACAGAAGGCAAAAAUUUGACAUGAAGUAGAAUCAAAUGGGAAGUUAGAAUUUGUACAUCUUAUAAUAGGUGUGAAAUGACUGCCAAAUAGUCACCAUUUUGUAUCUCAAUGAUGCUGAAGGAAACCUUGGCAGCUAUUGAAAAAUUGGUCCCACACAUAGAUCCCUUUUAGGCAUAAACUGUGCAGAGAGUGAAGAUUCCUGAGCAACACCUCAAUAUGUAGAUCCACCACCUAAAAGUUAAAGUUACAAUAUUCAAAAACCUUCCACUGAAGGGAGAAGGACCUGGAAUGGCAAUGAUUGGCCCCACUGUCAACCAAAACAAUUUAUUUGCACAGCCACAUUGAAAGUAAACAAGCAGGCUGUCAGCACACAAAAAUGCUUCAAAACAUCUGGGAACUGCUCCAGAUGCACGGAGGGCAAAUGGUCUCAAAUUAUUUCAAUGGCUUUCGUGCAGCUUCAAACUGGAGAGCCAAACAAGUGGUCAUCAAACGUCUGCCAGUCAGGCACUGCAAAUGCUUAGCAAUUUCCCACCUUGUUUCCAUUAAUUAUUAGUUCAUUAACUUUACUGCAUAUUAAUAAAAAUAUUUCCAAUUUGGUC